AGAGCCACAGGUGGAAGCUGGGGCUGGCUGUGGCCCCAGCCUCACGGCGUGUCUUACAGGUGGGAACUAGACGUUAGGUGUCAGUGUUUUUAGGGCACUGAGGUCUAGGAAUGGGGCUAAGGCCUGGGGGAGGCGUCCAGAGCAUGGCCCAGGGAGUGCACGUCCCCUGGUCUCCCCAGGUCAUGGGUCCCCGUGGCUCCCCGGCGUGCUGGGCAGUAACGGCUGGGAAAACAGACAUUUAAUCAUGCGUUGAAGGAAAUAGUGUCAGCACCCAGGGUGAGAAGAGGAUGGAAGAUUUAAAACCCAGGGCUGAAUCUUUAAAGGCUGGUUUUGCUCUCUUCGUUUCUCUUUCCACGGGCGCUUCUGCUGGACCACGUGGAGACGUUUGGUACCAUCAGGGGCAUCGGGGUAGAGCACUGGUUUUGGGCCGACUGCGUCAGGGCGGACAACACAGAUUUUCUCUCUGCCAGAGAGACGGGGCAGGACGUUCGAGAAUACACGCUGGGCCAGGAGUGGGGAAGUGAGAGUUGGAGCUAGAUCCCAGCUGUGCUGCCUUCCAGCUUCUGCCCCCAGGCUGCGGUUGCACGCUUCCUGGUUUCCCACAGGGCCUACAGUGUAUCCCGGUUCGGGGGACACUUUGCUGCCAGUGUGGGCUGCCCUUCCAACACCAGAGCUCCUCGAGGACUCUUCCUUGUUAGCUGGUGAAGAAUGGGGGAGAUAGAAGGAACGUACAGAGUCCUGCAGACUCCAGGGACACGCUUGGGCGCCCAGACCCUGGCGGGGGUGAGCACCCUCGAGCCUGGGCAGACUCUGUCGGGAGCAGCGACACGGGCGUCAGCCAAGAUGCAGGAGAAGCACCUUCACAUCCGGGUGAAGCUGCUGGACAACACUGUGGAAAUCUUUGACGUCGAGCCUAAGCGCGAUGGCCAGGCGUUGCUGACGCAGGUGUGGCGGCACUUGAACCUGACGGAGUGUGACUACUUCGGGCUGGAGUUGCAGCACCCCCGGUCCUACUGGAUUUGGCUGGAACCUAUGAAGCCCAUCAUUAGGCAAGUACGAAGGCCAAAGAACACAUUGCUUCGUCUAGCAGUGAAAUUUUUCCCUCCUGAUCCGGGUCAGUUGCAGGAAGAAUUUACAAGAUACUUGUUUGCCUUGCAACUUAAGAGAGACCUCCUGGAGGAGCGUCUGCCCUGCGCGGACACCACGGCGGCGCUGCUGGCAUCCCACCUUCUGCAGUCGGAAAUAGGAGAUUAUGAUGAAACCCUGGACCGAGAGCACCUCAAAGCCAAUGAGUACCUGCCCAGUCAGGAGCGCUUUCUUGAGAAGAUUCUAGAAUUCCACCGGAAGCACACGGGCCAGACGCCUGCCGAGUCAGAUUUCCAGGUGCUUGAAAUUGCCCGGAAGUUGGAAAUGUACGGCAUCAGAUUUCACCCAGCCUCGGACAGGGAGGGGGCCAGGAUUAACCUGGCUGUCUCGCACAUGGGCGUCCUCGUGUUCCAGGGCACCACCAAAAUUAACACUUUCAACUGGUCCAGGGUCCGAAAACUCAGCUUCAAAAGGAAAAGGUUUCUCAUCAAACUGCACCCAGAGGUCCGUGGACCUUACCAGGACACGCUGGAGUUCUUGUUGGGCAGUAGAGAUGAAUGUAAGAACUUCUGGAAGAUCUGUGUGGAGUACCACACCUUCUUUAGGCUCUUCGAUCAACCUAAGGCCAAAGCUAAAGCCGUCUUCUUCAGCAGGGGCUCGUCCUUCAGAUACAGUGGAAGAACUCAGAAACAGCUGGUGGAUUACGUCAGGGACAGUGGGGUGAAGAGAGUUCCAUAUGAAAGAAGACACAGCAAGACGCGGGCGUCUCUUCGUGCUCUGACUGCAGACUUGCCAAGGCAGAGCAUCUCAUUCACCGAGGGCAUGAGGACUUCCGCGUCCCCAGCUUCAACAAACGCCUCCUUCUAUUCAGUUCCUACCUCCCCGCUGGCCCCCCGAGGCCCGUGUGAUUUCAAAGACAGCAGUGGCUCCCUCACAGAGCCCCAGGCUCCCGACGCCAAGAGGCCAGCUGCAGAGAGGAGCGGCGGAGCAGCAGCCGACGGCGACGCCAGACGGGCCCAGUCCCCUGGACCCCCUGCACCGCAGCCUUGCCAAGGCCUUUCCGCGGAGAGUCCUCAGCCUUCUCCCUCCACCCGGAAGAGCCCACCGAGCCUGAGCCCCGCGUCUCGGGUGACUCUGGGCCUGACCGGGCAGGGCUCGUCCCCCCUCCUGAGCCCUGCCCUUAGCGACGCCGGUGGAGUCAGGACGGACGGCGAGGAGGAGCCGAGACACAAGGGCCCGGCAGCCGACGAGGCCUACUUCAUAGCGAAGGAGAUGCUCGCCACAGAACGGACGUACCUGAAGGACUUGGAAGUUCUCACCGUGUGGUUCCGCAGCGCUGUGGUCAGGGAGGACGCCAUGCCCGCGGACCUGAUGACCCUGCUCUUCUCCAACAUAGACCCCAUCUACGAGUUCCACAGACGCUUCCUGCGCGAGGUGGAGCAGAGGCUGGCGCUCUGGGAAGGGUCUUCCAACACCCAUGCCACAGCCGGUCACCAACGAAUCGGGGACAUCCUGCUCAGGAACAUGCAUCAGUUAAAGGACUUCACCAGCUGCUUCCAGAGGCACGACGAGGUCCUGAGCGAGCUGGAGAAGGCGGCCCGGCGCGGCGGGAAGCUGGCGGCCGCGUGCAGGGCCUUCGAGCUCCAGAGGGUCUGCUACCUGCCCCUGAACGCCUUCCUGCUGAAGCCCGUCCAGCGCCUGCUGCACUACCGCCUGCUGCUCAGCCGGCUGUGCGGACUGUACGCGCCCGCGCACCCCGACUCCGCGGACUGCCGGGACGCCCUCCAGGCCAUCACAGAGGUGACGUCCGCACUCCAGCACAGCCUCGCCCGGCUGGAGAACCUCCAGAAGCUGACGGAGCUGCAGCGGGACUUGGUCGGUGUAGACAACCUCGUCACCCCGGGCAGGGAGUUCAUCCGCGAGGGGUGCCUUCACAAGCUCACCAAGAAGGGCCUGCAGCAGAGGAUGUUCUUUCUGUUCUCAGACGUGCUGCUGUACACGAGCAGAGGAGUCACGGGCACCAGCCGCUUCCGGAUCCGGGGCCGCCUCCCACUCCGCGGCAUGCUGCUAAUAGUGCUGGACCCACCGGUAGAAGAAGGCGAGCGUGAACGCUCUGUUCCACACUGUUUCACCAUCUGUGCGGCUCAGAAAACAAUCGUGGUGGCAGCCAGCACCCGCCUGGAAAAGGAGAAGUGGAUGCGUGACCUGAACGACGCCAUCGACAUGGCCAAGCGCGGGAGUGACCUCUCCCUGGUGCUGCCGGGCAGCGUGCUGUGCGCGCCCCCCUACAGGUCCUCGGAGGAGGCCUCUCUGGAGCAAGAGGCAGAAGAGGCUGGCGGCCCCCACGGCUCUCUGGAGGGGCAGGGCCAGCGCCGGGCCAACACCACGGUCCACGUGUGCUGGUACCGCAACACCAGCGUCUCCAGAGCCGACCACAGCGCGGCUGUCGAGAAUCAGCUUUCGGGCUAUCUGCUGAGAAAAUUCAAGAACAGUAGCGGCUGGCAGAAGCUCUGGGUGGUCUUUACCAACUUCUGUUUGUUCUUCUACAAGACUCAUCAGGACGACCACCCCCUUGCCAGCCUCCCGCUGCUGGGCUACAGCGUCAGCGUCCCUGAGGAGGCCGACGGCGUCCACAAGGAGCACGUCUUCAAGCUCCAGUUCAAGUCCCACGUCUACUUCUUCCGGGCUGAGAGCAAGUACACGUUUGAGAGGUGGAUGGAGGUGAUCGAGCGCGCCAGUAGCUCGCCUGCGCGGGCCGGGCCUUCCGAGGCAGCAGCAUGAAGCCCGUCCUGCCCGACGAGGACCCAGACGAGCAAGCAGAGCGGGGUCAGCGCGUCCCUGACUGCGUGUCCUAAGGGCCACGGAGGCACCGGCCAGGGAGUGUCCGAGCCACGCCCUCCCCUCUCCCGGGGCGGCGCCCGCGGAGGACAGACAACAGGAGCCAUGCGGUGCCGGCCGCACCCCGCGGGCCUCUCAGUUCUGGCUCCCCAGGGUUUCCUAAUAAACUGACGUAAACGGACACACACACUGUUAUUUGUUUGCUAACGGCCGGCUGUGCAGCCCGAGACAGGGCUCCUCCCCGCCCUCCUGCCCGCGGGCCACGCGGUCGCUGCGGGCCACGACGAGGACUCAAGCCAGGAACUGGGCCCCACCCGCCGCCAGCAUCGCUCCGAUUCAGGUCUUUAUUGAAGGUGGCAGGAGCCUCUCCAUGUUCUAUGAAAACACCUCAACCUCAGAACGUCGGGGAAGCGAGAAGUCCGUUUUCUUUAAAAAAAAAAAAAAAAAAGUCCUGGCUGAUCCGAGUACUUAGGAGGAGACACGGUACCUGAUUGACACAAGGCAAACCUACGGCCAGCACGGCCGCCGCGGGCCCGGGGGACAGAUGGGCCCGACAGCCUCCGCUGCUCCGUCCGGCGGUGGCUCCCCUGACGCUGUGCUGCAGGAGGCAGGGGUGGCCGAGCGCAGGAGCGGGGACUGGGGCCGAGGCAGCCGGACCGCGGAGCUCCACGCCAGCCCCUCCUCCCGGCUCUCCUCAGGCAGCGGCAGGCCUCAGCGGGUUGACGUCAGGUGGUUUCUGUUGUGGGAAAACCUGCGGAGAGGACGGAGGCCUGGAGAGUUGGCCGGGUGGGAGGCAGCCGGCGUGGGGGUCCGGGCGCCACUCCCUGAGCCCGGCCUCUGGGGACGGACCCCCACGGCCGCCCCAGGCCUCACCUCUGCACGCGCUCCACCAGGUGCGCCAUCAGCUUGUCCGAGAUGCCAGGACAGGACUCCUCCGCCAGGCUGAAGGCAUUCUCCAGCUCUUCCAGUGCCCCCACGCCCCCGCCGCUCUGCUUGUGCUUCUCCUUGAGCUGCAAAGACAGCACCCGCCUCCCGUGAGCUCCGCCCACGGGCCCUCGCCGCCACGUGCAUGUGCUGCAUGUGCAGGAGCCCAGGCGCCAGGGGCCCUAACAGCCCUCCCACCACAAAGCUGGGCUGGCCGAGUCCCACCUGUCCCCAUGGCAGGGCGGCCUGUUAGUGGCGGGCCGGGCCACCCAGGCUUCCUCCCAACUGCGGGCCGCAGAGGCCACGGCGGAGGUCCGCUGCUCGAGAAACCCUCCCAGAAGCCCUGAGGUCCCCACAGCCAGGUCAGGCUCGGCCUCCCCACCACCCGGGCCUCGAGAAGCCCACGGAGGGUCCAUGCCCUCCAGCUGACCUGACAGGUAGCAGUCAGGUCAAGCCCGUGUCACACUCCAGAAACAAAAGGGGAAAGAGCCUGUGCAUCUCCAGGAGGCCCCUAGGACGCCCCCCAGCAGCCUCAACUGCAGGCCCAGCCCACAGAGGCCACAGCGGGUGCACCCGACAAGCGGGAUGAAGCCAUCCCCCCACCUGUCCCAGAGCAUCCUGGCGUGGGCACCUGCCCCAGGCCAUUGAAGCACACAGCUGAGCCCCCUGACAGUCCAGCUCGUCACCUGCUCCCCUCUGACCUCCUCCCUCGCCCCACAGGCCCCCAGAGGUGGGAGCUCUCCUGCCUGAACCCAGAUCCCCCCACCCCGUGUCUCGGAAAGGCACUCAGUGUCCCAUCUUCCCUCCUGGGGCUCCAGGGGCUGCCAUCACCUGGGGUGGGGAGUGCGGGCACCUGGCUACAUUGUAUUCCUGGGGCGUCAGCAAGCACCCAUCAGCAGGGGGCACGUAGGGGAGUCACCCUCGGGGCCUCCCCGCCCUGGGCCUGAUACCCAACUCCAAGAACUCAACCUCCCAGGCUCCCUAAACAGGACCAUCCCGUGUGUCUGCAAUUCAAAAUAAAAGGUCACAAAACACA